AUGCUUUCUAGGCGCCAAACACUGGGUUGGCAAAACACGAUCAAAUCGACCGCAUCGUCGACCCAGUCUGCGGUGGCCAAACGUGACAAACUGACCAAUAUGGAUCAAUACUCUCUCGCGGCACGGAUUUUUCAUCGCUACGAUGUCCUGGAAACCUCGUAUCAUUUUUGUGUGUAUCGUACCGAAAUACACUUUUGUGAUGAAACCCGGGAUGGUGGUCAUCUGAGUCAAAUGGUCGUACCUAAUGGCUAUAUCAAAGUUCAUCUGUACGGCCUAGAACUGGAUUGGUAUCCGUACCACGUGGAAUCCUUACCUCAAGUGCGCUGGUCCGGCUCUAGGGAUUUUCGUGAAGCACGAGACAACUGGUUAGCUAGCUUAAAUCGUGCUCAUUUCCCGCAAACACGUUCAGACCAGAUGAAACAACCGCCUGCCGAUCCCUUGCUCAACUUGCCCACGGACACAUCGACUCCGCUAAUCUCCGUGAUGUCCAGUCCCGAUCUGAGAGUGAUUCAGAGCGUUCUAAUUUUACGCAUUUGCGAUCUGGAUGUGUCUCGCGUCUCCUUUCCAGACAGUAACGUGCCGUGUCCAAAAUCCUCUGGUCCUGCAACCACAACAACUCCCAGUCGUUCAAAAUAUUCCGGUGAGGAACUACCGUCCGCAGCCAAUUUGUUCUUGGCUUCUGAUAAGAAAUUGCACUGUCUUGCAGAUAGCACGAAUCUGAUCACAGUCGAAUUGCGCACCACAUAUCGUCCACACGGGACUAUUCGCAGUCGUACGAUGGAUCAAUCUGUUGGAAUGUACAAAGACCACGAACGUCUGCUGAAGAAACUUGCUGUGAAACAGUUUUUCUUGUCAGAAACGGACGGGUUUCUCCCCUGA